AUGCCCGCAAUCACUGCCGCAGCUGCCGCUUCGCAAGCCCUUCAAGCCGCCUCCACCUCGACCCCGACCAUGGCACCACUCAACGCCGAGCUCCUCCAGCUCGACCUCAACCCCACCCCCGCCGCACCAGACUUUACCAACCUCGUCUUUGGCCAGAAAUUCUCCCCGCACAUGCUCAUCGUCAACUGGAAUCACCGCACGGGCUGGUCGGCUCCGCUCAUCAAGCCCUACGGUCCGCUCUCGCUCUCGCCUGCCGCGCCUGCUCUGCACUACGCCUCGGGCCUGUUCGAAGGUAUGAAGGCGUACCGCUCCGCCGAUGGGUCUGGUAAGAUCCGUCUCUUCCGCGCAGACAAGAACAUGGAGCGUAUGAACCGCUCCGCCGCUCGAGCGGGUCUUCCCACGUUCGACGGGGACGAGUUCAUCAAGCUCAUCAAGACACUUGUCCGCAUCGAUCGGGAGCACGUCCCCUACGGUGAGGGACAGACGCUCUACCUGCGCCCCACACUCAUCGGCACCCCGGACACGCUCGGUAUGGGUGUCCCAACCGAAGCGCAGCUGUACUGCAUCUGCAGUCCCGUCGGCAACUACUACUCCUCUGGUACGGGUAGCAAACCUGUGAGUCUGCUGGCUAGGACCGACGUGGUACGCGCCUGGCCCGGUGGUACGGGGUGCUACAAGCUCGCUGCCAACUACGCCGGCGCCACGAGACCCGCGAUGGAUGCGUUGCUGGAAGGCUACCACCAGGUGUUGUGGCUCUUCGGUCCGGAUCGACAGCUCACCGAGGUCGGCGCAAUGAACCUGUUCGUUGUGCUGCGCGAUCAGAACGCGGAUAGCGAGACGACGAGGUACGAAGUGGCAACCGCGGCGCUGGACGACGGAACCAUCUUGCCCGGCGUCACGCGGGAUAGCAUCCUCUCGUUGCUGCGAGCGUACAAGGCCGGCAACGUGCAGAUCGAGGGCCUGCCCAAGCCGGAGAAUGUCGAGAUCUCGGAGAGGAAGGUGACGAUGGGCGAGAUCAUCGAGCGCGCGCAAGGUGGGCAGAUCGCAGAGGUGUUUGGCUCGGGCACGGCAGCGGUUGUGUGCAGCGUGGACAAGAUCGGUUUCGAAGGUGUGGAUAUUCCUAUUCCGAUCCAGGCGGAUGGCAUGGGGAUGUUUAUGAGGACCAUGCUGCGCGAGGUUACGGGGAGGCAGUGGGGUGCGAUCCCCUGUCCGGAGUGGAGCAGCGUCUGCUAG